CGAAGCGCACUCGCAGCGACAAUCAAGUGGGUCAAUCUGUGCGGCUCCAGCUCUGACUGGAUAGUCUCUGCUGCCUGUUUGUGUUGUUUUUGUUGUUGUUUUAUAUUUGUGUGUGUGUGGAGGGAGCUGACUACCUGCCGCGGCACCCACGCAAACACACCUGACAGCGCGGAGAGGAGAGCAGCUACCCGGAGAGUUGUGUUUAUUUUUUUUUUCUCUCUCCCCAAGAAAAUACGCAACGAUGACAGACGCGUUGGUUUUUUCACAUCGAAGUUAGUGAGAUCCGCAUCCUCUUGACCCCCCCACCCACCCACCCUGUCCGUGGAAGGAUGCGAAGGGGACACAGGAUGAAUUCCGUUUUCGUAGCAGUGUUACUCGGACUGGUUGGGGCCCUGGCCAAUAAGGAGCCAUGUUUUUCCGGCCAGUACACGGCCAGUGGAGAAUGCUGCAAGCAGUGUCAACCCGGUGAGGGCGUCUCCAAACCGUGUGGGGCCACACAGACGGUGUGUGAGCAGUGUCUCGACAGCGAAACUUUUUCCGAGAACUUCAGUCACACGGAGAGAUGCCAGCCCUGCACGGAAUGCAAAGGUCUGCUGCGCAUGGAAACGCCCUGCACCGACUCCGACGACGCCACCUGCGUGUGCAACUACGGCUACUACCUGAACAGCUUUUCGCAGCGCUGCGAACCCUGCACCAAGUGUCCCGAAGGCCAGGGCAUGCUGUUGGCCUGCGAGAUGGACCACGACACGGUGUGUGAGGAGUGCGUCGGGGACACGUACUCGGACCAGGAGAGUUCUCUGGAGCCCUGCAUCCCCUGCACCACCUGUGAUGAAGAGGAGGUGCUAAGCCCAUGCACCUCUGUCAGUGACACCGUUUGUCAAGUGACUGCCACGACUUUCACUUCUGUUUCCUCCACGACGCCCUACGACGACCUGCUGCCGAACGACACCCCCCCGGAGGAGCCCCCAGAAAGCACCCCCACCACCAACAACAACAACGGAGACACCCAGGAGCUUCUGUACCAGGGUCUGAACGAUAAACUCAUCCCCAUCUACUGCUCCAUCCUGGCAGCCAUGGUCGCCGGGCUCGUGGCCUUCAUCAUCUUCAAGAAAUGGAAUAGCUGCAAGCAGAACAAGCAAGGGGCCAACAACUGCACAGCCAACCAGAACCAGACACCGUCACCCGAGGGGGAGAAGCUCCACAGUGACAGCGGCAUUUCCGUGGACAGCCAAAGUCUGCAGGACCAGCAGGGCCAGAGCCAGGCACAGACAGUUGUGACCAUGGACGAAGAGCCUUGCCUGCUGCUUCCUCUCCACACCAGAGAGAAGGUGGAGAAGCUCCUGUUCCAGGGCGGCGAAGGGGACGACUGCGACCACAUGCAUGACAGCGACUGGUGCAACCUGGCAGGGCUCCUGGGAUACGAGGAGGAGCGGAUCGCGACCUUCCGCCAGGAGGAGCAUCCCGUCCGGGCGCUGCUGACCGACUGGGCGAGCAAAGAAAGCGCCAGCAUCGACAUGCUCUGCACAGCCCUGCGCAAGAUAAACCGAGAGGACGUCGCCCAGAGCCUGGUGCUCAGCCCGACGAAGCCCACCGCCACGUCCGUAGUGUAGCUUCAGGCUCAACUGUGAGCAUCACCUUAAACACCUGAACCUUAAGCUUAAAGUAUUCUUCCAAGGAUUCCCUUUACUUCACAUAAUUUAUGCUAAAACCUGCUUGAAGACGGCAGUCAGAGUGAUGACCCAGUCCUAAUAAAUCAUUUAAUCAAAGGGUAAGACGCAGAAUCAGAUGAGUGUAAGGGAAGCUGUGCACUUAACUUCAGGAUGUCUUCGUGAUCAUUUAUUCUCAACAACUCACAGUCUACGUGAAAAGAAAACGUCUCAGUAUCUAUAAUCAUUCCUGCCUGGAUCUCACUCUAUUUGAGCUCAGCAUCUUCUGACUUCAUAAACCGCGGAGCAGCAGUGAACUUUGACCUGUGGAUACUCGGUGCCUGCAUUCCUCCAACCUGAUCCUCUGCUUCUUCUUUUUUUUUAUUCUCUUAUGAACUUCAUUCUUAAACAUGCAAAGUCAGCGUGGGCCUUAUAGCAUUCAAUAAGCCUGUGUUGCACUUCCAGUGUGUUCUCAGAUCUGCGCUACCAAAGAGGAGGUUACAGGCCGUACCUGCCGGGCGACUUUACUCACACGCCACGUUGGAAUUUUUUUGUUGAGAAAUGACUCGUGUCUGUUACUGCUACUGGAUGAGUCCUGCAUACCUCAGAGUAUCUGGAUCUUUGCAAACAUGACAAGCAGAGAAAAGAUGCAUUUCAAGUGAACGUGUUGUGCUCCAGCCAAAGGUUAUUUACUCCUACUCUAAUGAUUUGCAUUAGAUUUAAGACGCUGAGCAGCAGCAGCAGCAGCAGCACUCGUGGAACUUCUUCAGCUUCAACUUCUUCUUCUUCCUAAGUGAUUCCUGCAGACUUUUCCUUUUCCAACAAGUGCUAUAAGAACUGUUGGCUGGACUUCGCCGACUAGGUGGUCUGUGGGGGCCACAUAGACUCCUUCACGCUGACCCAGAAAAGGGAAGGAAGGUGGAAGCUCAAGUUACCCAACAACAACAACCUAGUGUAAACUGUAUGUACGUAGGCAGACAAGUGCACCCACCUAAUGUAGACAUACUUGACAUACAUGUACACAUACAGUAGUGUAGCCAUGCAUGCAUGUACUGUACUAUACAAACACACACUCACACACACACACACACAUGUGCAAACACGCCUUCAGACGUAUGCAUUUACAUUCUUGUCCGGUGUGGACGGUGGCUCUGUCAUGAGGGGAACGUAUACUGUCGAUAUUAAACAAUAUGAGGUGUCGAAUUAUGCUGAAGCUCAUUGGAUUUGCAACGUGUAAAAAAAAGAUGCUAGUAACUCACAAUGUGGUGCACGAAAAAACAUAAAAAUAAAAAGAUAGAAAGUUUGAUCAGGAUGCAAAAGAAAAAUCAAGGGUUUCUCGUUUUCAGUGGCUUAAAUUUCUCAGGGUAUCUCGAAUGUCGUCGUUGCUACUCAGCAGGUUUUACGCUAACAACUAAAUAAAUGAACAAUCUGUACAGAAAUGGCGCUGCGCUUUAAUCGUAAGCAGUGACUCUUGCGGCUGACAAUCUUUCAAACACACGAAGACAAAAAAGAAAAGAAAAGAAAAGAAAAGAGGUGUCUUGUUUCCUCUUUGUUGGGAACAAUGGGACGGAUUCAGACGAGGGGAAACGUUUUAAAUUACUGAAACGUAGGAGAUUUGCAUCCCCACUAAUCGGCCCGUUAAACCAUGCGUUCCUCUCCUCAUGACAGAAUGUGCUUUUUAAUCUGUGUUAAAUCAGAAACUAGGACCCACGUUGUUUUUGAAGGAGCAAGUAGUUUACUAUGUUUAAACCUAUAUCACCAACUAACCCCUAGCAUACCGAGCUUUACCCGUAGUGUUACUUUAAAUGAAGGUAUUCCUGAUUUUUUAUUUUAUUUUGUAUUUUAAUUCCCACAUAACAGUUGUAUUAUUAUAUUUCUAUUCUAGAUUGUAGCACUUAAACGUGUCCUUACUCUGUGUCUGUGCUUUAUGUUUUUUUUUUUUUUGCAUCACAAGUGCCUGGGAACUAUUUCAGGUGUCUGACUGAUGUUGUACAAUUUUAGUUUUCUUUUUUCUUUUUUUUUUCCUUUUUUUAAUCUUGUAAAUAAUUUGUCUUUUUUUCUAAAGUUUUGUUCUAGCCGAAGCCUUGACGGCGCCACUGUACAAUAUGUAUGUAAACAGGAUUUUGUUACACUUUCAGUGCUGCGCUACAAUUUGUGAAAGGGAAAGAAGGGCAAAGGGAAGGGGGAGGGAGGGUACUCGGUGCAUUUCACCACGGGGCCGUAUUUAAAUUAUCUUUAGCAUUAAUCAGAGUCGCAAAGAUCUAAGCAGUUAAAGCUCGAGAGGCCAUUAAACUGAGUCAAGAACGCAAGAUUAUAAUCAGCUACACGAUGGUUUGAGUGAGCUGUGGUACAAAACGUUUAUAUUUUUGGCCAUUUUGAGAAAUAUAUUUACACGCUUUCUUGCUGAGAAAUAAUAAACGAAGCUACAGACAAAACUAAAAAAACAGGAAAACAGCUGUGGCCUUGCUACUUCCUCUCCUUUAUGCUAAUAUAACUACAGAUUAUUCUUUUGAACAGAAUGUGAAAUGUGCUCACUUGAAGGACAUUUGCAGCAGCUGAUAGUUACACCAGUUAGUACUCACACAUACUCUUUCACAUAUAGGUCACAGUAUAUACAUAUACACACAUAUAUAGAGAUAGAAACUAGUCCGUAGAACGUACGUGGCUCAGGUUUUAGGAAACAAGGUGAAUGAGAGAUUCAUGUUCUCAGCUUGAAAGUGUGAAAACUUUGCACCAGCAUGACGUUAAGUUGCUAAUAUAUUAAAAAAAUAAAUAAAAAAAUAGCGAUGCUAUGCUUCAUUAAUAGCUCAAUUUAUUAUUUGGUAGCCCCUGCAAGAAUCAGGACGCUAACCACCACAACACUGGUGGUUUUACUGAUUACCUCACAGCAAGUUCUACAAUUUCCCCAUUGUAGGACAAAUAAAGGUCUAAUUCUAAUUCUAAUUCUAAAUCUAAUUCUAAAUCUAAAUCUAAAUCUAAAUCAAAUUUUUAUUAAAGGUGCUGGGUUUGAACCAUAGACUGUAUAUAAAUAUGGGCAAUGUGUCUACGCUACUUUGUCGGCAACACAUGCAGCACCAUCUUGUGAGGGCGGAGCCACGAUAUCGAUGCCCCGCCCACACUUCCUCCAGACUCGCACGUUUGCCUUACCUCCACCAAUUACAAGAAAAUGUUGGAUCGUACACUGUACUUACAGCUCUCCCUGCUUUAUGGACCGGUUGGCAUGGCAACUGGUGGUCACCAUUACAUCACAUCUUGUUUCUAUGGCGUCGAAUAACGAACUAAAAUAAACUAACUUGACACUUGAACAUUCAUCAAAAAUGACUUAAACCAUACUUGAAAAAAUAAAUUUUUUUGAAGUGUAUUUUAGUGUUUUAGUGCCGCCCGCUAACACGGAGGGGGUGGAGCUUAUUACCUAUAUUGCAGCCUCCAGCCACCAGGGGGAGCUCUGCUAGCUUUGGCUUCACUGUAGAGGAGCAGUUCCUCCGUCCAUCUUUAUAUAGAGAGAGAGAGUCUAUGGUUCGAAUCCAUGGGCCGACUGAUGUCCUGCCCGGUGAUAGACUGGAGACAGUUCAUCCUCUGUCCAUAAUAAACUGUUAAAAAACAAUGUCCUCGCGGUCAGAAGCUGCAACCUGACAGUAUUUGUUUAGUUCAUUGAUCAACCAGACAUUGAAUCACUUCUGCAGUAAAAACCAACUGAAGGUGAACAUGAUGUAAUAUUGCACUUGAGAGACAAAGUACAAGGCGAUCGUGCAAAUGGGAGGGAUUUAAUAAUAAUAAUGAUAAUAAUAAUAAUAAUAAUAUUAAUAAUGAGUCCUGGUAAUGUAGCUCAUAGUGACAAGACUGACAGUGCACCACUGAAUUGUACAGCUCUGAGGGACAGUGAAUGUACCUUGUAUACUAAUGCAUAUACUAUUCUAUACGUAAUGUGAAUUUGCUAAAUUCUUACAGCAGACGAGCAGUAAAAGCAACAAUAAAGGUCUUGAAUUGACACUCAUCUCUGUAUUGAUUCCACAUAGAAACCUGAAGUGCUCAAAAACAUAUGAAUACAUGUGAAUAAAAAUAAAACAAUAAAUAAAUAAA